UGUGCAGAGCUGUGGCCCUCCAGGAAUUGAGUUUUAGACAAUAAUAACGCUGGAAAUGUUCAACUGGUUUCUGUAGCCAGCCCUUCAAGAUACAAUCGAUACAAAAAAUGAACCAACGCUGAGAAAUAUUUACUGGAGUAAAGAGUGUGACCUAGUGUUUAGUAUUCAGUAGUCUAUCAACACCACUGUUUGUUUAUCUCAGCUAUGUAAGUUCUUGUUAAUCUUGAGGGUUAAGAAAUGACUCCUUUUCCCCUAACGCUUAGAAUUAAUUUCACGCGUCGCGUCGCGCCACACCUCGUCUCCACUUGACGCGACGCAACAAAAGUAGCUAUAACAUUCAACAAAGCCGCCCAUACAGUCGCGCACUUGUCUUGUUGUUUAUAACCUAGUAGUGUUGAUUCUAAAGGGAGCGUUGUAGUUUUGUCGCGUCGCGUCUGUUUAAUACCUUCUCUCUUCAAGUGUGUGAUCCAGUCAGUCACUCCUCCUACAAACAACCCACAGAGAUCAAACCCACCCGUGUCUAACGCGUGGAUUGUGUGGACGACCGCUGGACCGAUCGGCGGUGCUGCUUCUCAGUACAGCGUUAUGUAUGACAAGCUUUAUUGAUAGAACAGUUUAUUUGCCAUAUGUGCAAUGCUUAUAAACAUGCGUGUUACUGAAGGAAUAAGAAGUGUCGGCGCGUGAUAUAUUCUCUGAAUGACAGCAUGGCUAAACGAAGCACACUAUUCAUCAGGAUUGUGGAAGGAAAGAACCUGCCAAUCAAGGACAUAACUGGAAGCAGUGAUCCAUACUGCAUCGUGAAAAUUGAUAACGAGGCAAUAAUUCGGACUGCAACAAUAUGGAAGACAUUGUCUCCAUUUUGGGGUGAAGAAUACACCGUCCAUCUUCCUCCUUACUUUCGUACAGUGUCUUUUUAUGUCCUGGAUGAGGACUCUCUCAGCCGAGAUGAUGUCAUUGGGAAGGUGUCAAUCAGUAAGGAGCUUCUCACUGCUAAACCUCAAGGUGUAGAUGGAUGGAUGAACCUAACAGAGAUUGACCCAGAUGAGGAGGUGCAAGGGGAGAUUCACCUCCAGAUUUCGGUGCUGGGAGAUGGAGAUAUUCCACGAAAACUGUGCUGCCAAGUCCUAGAGGCAAGAGAUCUUGCAAAAAAGGAUCGCAAUGGGGCUUCUGAUCCUUUUGUCAGAGUGAGAUACAAUGGCAAAACGUAUGAGAGUGCGGUGGUUAAAAAGUCCUGUUACCCACGGUGGAAUGAGAGUUUUGAGUUUGAGCUGGAUGAGACGCUUUCUGACACUGGGCUUUUGAGUGUGGAGGUGUGGGACUGGGAUCUGGUCAGCAGAAACGACUUUCUGGGAAAGGUCCUGUUCAACAUCAACAAGCUUCAGUCUGCCCAGCAAGAGGAGGGCUGGUUUCGCUUGGGGCCUGACAAAUCCAAACACAGUGAAUAUGAAGGAACUCUGGGUUCUCUGCGUCUGCAGCUACGGCUUCGAGAUGAGGUUGUGUUGCCAUCCAGCCAUUACAAGCCACUCACAGAGCUACUCAGCCAGUCGGUCGGCUCUCAGCUCAACGGCAACUGGCCUGAUUUCAUCAUGCUGAUUGAUGAGACCACUACAGCAGAGAGCAGACAGGAAGUAGCUAAUAAUCUAGUGAAGCUGUUUUUGGGUCAAGGGCUUGUCAAGAAGUUUUUGGAUGUUCUGUUCAAACUGGAGCUGGAAAAGACUACUGAACCCAACACACUAUUUCGCAGUAAUUCAUUAGCAUCCAAGUCUAUGGAAUCAUUUUUGAAGGUGGCUGGGAUGCAAUAUCUGCACAGGCUUCUGGGCGCAAUAAUAAACCGAAUCUUUGAAGAAAAGAAAUAUGUAGAAUUGGACCCAAGUAAAGUAGAACUGAAAGAGGCAGGGUGUGCAGGUUUGCACCGUCAGCAGACUGAGUCUGAUAUUAUUCAGCAGAGCUCCAGCCUCCUGCAGUCGUACCUGUCUGAGCUUCUCACCUCCAUCCUGCAGUCGGCCUCCUACUGCCCCCUGCUCAUCUGCCAGGUUUUCCAUCAACUCUACCUCAGAGUUCAGGAGCGCUUCCCUGACCCAGAGUACCGGAAGGUGAAGUUCAUUGCUGUGACCAGCUUCCUGUGCCUGCGGUUCAUCUCGCCUGCCAUUAUGUCUCCAAAACUAUUUCACCUUCGAGAGAAACAUGCUGAUGCCCGUACCAGCCGCACACUUCUACUGCUUGCCAAAGCCGUGCAGACAAUUGGGAAUAUGGACACUCUUGCAUGCUGCUCUAAAGAGCCAUGGAUGGUCUGCUUGCAGCCAGCCAUACAGCAAGGCAUCACCCAACUCAAAGACUUCAUCACUAAACUGGUCAGCUGCCAUGAGUCAGAGGAUCUUGAGCUUCAGACACGAAUGAGUCUCCAGUGUGGCACUAUGGAGAAAGAAGGCUUCCUCUUCCUUCACAGGACCAAGGACAAGUGCAUGCCCAUGACAUCACCCUUUAAGAAGUACUAUGUCACACUCAGUAAAGACACUCUGUCAUACUCGCGGACGCAACACUCUAAAAAGAGCUCGUCUAUUUCGCUGCCAAAGAUCCGGGCGGUAGAGAAGGUGGAGGAGAAGUGCUUCGGCAGUGCCAACGUCAUGCAGAUCAUCUCAAGUGAAGAUUCUGGCCUGCAGGAGACCCUGUACCUCGACUGCAAAAGUGUAAAUGAGUUGAAUCACUGGCUGUCAGCUCUGAGGAAAGCCUGCAGUCACAACACAAACACUAUGAGCUGCUAUCAUCCUGGCAUCUAUAAAGCAGACAGAUGGAGCUGCUGCCAUCAGAAGGAGAAAUCAGACUCAGGCUGUGAUAAAACCAGGCAUGGAGUGACCCUGCAGGAGUGGUAUGACCCACUGGACCCAGAUCUGGAGGCUCAGCUCAUCUACCAACAUCUGCGUAGUGUCCAGCAGGCCAUGCGAGAUAAGUAUUAUAUGUUGAGAGAGCAGCAAGGAGUUAAGGAAGCAGAUUCAGUAAGAGACAAGAAGAAAGUAGAUGGACUAUCAAAGCUCUUCAGUAUUCUCCAAGACCUACAUGAUGCACAUGCCGCGGUGGAGGAGGAGGAAAGAUCAAAGAAUAAAAAUGUUUUCUUGGAGUUACAAACGUAAACAAAAGGACUUUUUAACUGGUUGCAUUACAUACUGUAAUUCACAGUCACUGAGCUCAUACGCAGGCUUCAAACCUGCUAUUAUUUGACACAUAGAUGAGAAAAAUAAUACUGUGCAGUAAGUUGGAUUUGUUCUUGUAUUCUUGAACUUUUGAACCGAUUCUUGAUGGAUAGAUGGAUAUUUAGAGGGAUGCUAUCACGAUCCCUUUAUUAAAGGAUACUUGUGGUGUAUUUGUGAAAUAUUUGGUAUUAAGGACAGUAUUACGGUACUGCAAUGAUUCAAGUGGGUUGCUAACUCAAAACCUGUCUUGUUGGCAUUUCUGCAGCUUUCACAUGCAUUCAAACAAAACUGUUUUAACUUUUUCAACAUUAACUUCAACUAAUCAGCAUUUUUCAUUCUUUAAUGUGCUUUUGACUUUACAAAGCACCGUGGAUAUGCAUGUUAUAGCUCUUCAUUUUUCAUUAAAUCAGUUUUAUUAUAAUGUUUAUAUAGAUUUUAAAGAUGUUUGUUUUUCAUUUAUUUUUUAAUUCUGUAGGUUGAUGGCAAGAGGAGAAUUUAUUCUUGGAUUUGAAUACCAUGUAAAGCUAAGUCUCAAUGCCUUGUCUGUAUGUGUCAUGUUUUGUUGUUAUGUCUUUUUAUGAUAUGAACCGUAAACAAGUAUGCAUUGUGCAUUUCA